CGGGUCUGGAGAGCCGGCUCUAAGAAGUGAAAAACGUUGUGUUUAGAUCUUGCCUCUGCCCUGGGCUGCGGAGAUCCACAGUCAACUUGUUCAGCUGCCUUGGCAGCUCCCUCCUGACCUUUUCUGUAAAAUGGGAGCGUGAAGCACCUGCUCCGUGAGGCAGAGGGAGCGUCUGAGGUAAUGACUUCCUGGAUCCUUAACCUGGUUCUGCAACCUGCUCCCUUGGAGGCUGUGGGUGAGUCACUUCUCUUUCUGAGCCUCAGUCGUCUUAGCUGUUACAACGGGCCAAGCCAAAUUGCACUUUUUUAUCAGGAGUACACUUGUCCCAGGUGUGAAUCUGGAUUUAUUGAAGAAGUAACAGACGAUUCCAGUUUUCUAGAAGGAGGUGGAGGAGGAAUAGACGACAGCCCUUCUUCCCAGUUUGCAGAGUUUUGGGACCAGUUAGAUCAUUCGAUGGUCUUCCCAGACUUCAGGCCGCUCCUGAGCAGCUCGCCGGACCAAGAUGGCCGGGACAACGAAAGGGGACACCAGGCUCACGCAGACCUGUGGGGACCAAGCAGACCUCCACGGCUGCCCAUGACGCGGAGGUACAGAUCCCGAGGCAGUACGCGACCCGACAGGUCGCCAGCCAUUGAAGGAAUAAUACAACAGAUAUUUGCGGGCUUCUUUGCGAAUUCAGCCAUUCCUGGCUCCCCUCACCCCUUUUCCUGGGGUGGCAUGUUGCACUCGAAUCCCGGGGAUUAUGCUUGGGGUCAGAGCGGCCUUGACGCAAUCGUAACACAGCUUUUGGGACAGCUGGAAAACACAGGACCUCCCCCGGCAGACAAAGAGAAGAUUUCUUCACUCCCUACAGUGACCGUCACUCAGGAACAAGUUGAUUCGGGCCUGGAAUGCCCUGUGUGUAAAGAAGACUAUACCAUAGCGGAGCAGGUCCGGCAACUCCCGUGCAAUCACUACUUCCACAGCAGCUGCAUCGUGCCCUGGUUAGAACUGCACGACACGUGUCCCGUGUGCAGGAAGAGCUUGAAUGGCGAGGAUUCCACUCGGCAAGCACCAAAUUCGGAGGCGGCGGCAGCAAGCAAUUCCUUUAGCAGUGCAAGCCACUUACAUGACCGAUGGACUUUCUGAAGCCCCACAGUGCAGGGGGAGGCGGGUGGGGAAAGGGGGGGUGCGGUUCAGGCCUGUAGUAUUCCUUACUACAGUUGUAAAAUUGUAUGAUAAUUAAAGUACAAAACCGAGUAGCAAGAAAAGGAGAGAGAACUAGCACAAGCAGGGUGGAACCUCAGCCCACCCAGUCACUGAGAAAAGGCUAGCCUCUUUAGCUGGGUUACAACAGCAUCCAAACGCCUUUCUUCAUGUUUAAUUUCUAAGCUCGAGCGAUGGAUUUUGGAGUUUGGGGCAGGAGGUGACUCAGAAAGCUCUGACAGCGAGAGGCCUAUGUACUUAACUGAUCCACUGUUUUUUGCACAGGGUGUGGUUCCCCCCGUCUCCAUCCUCUCCCCGUAGAAGAGUUGUACAUAUUCAGUGCUAGGAAAGAGCCAGCCAGAGGUUUUCUGGGGCACCGUUUUGUGGGAUGAUGAGCCGAGAGCUUCUGUAACCUUUCCGACAUCUCUCCAAAUAGAAUCUGUUAACCCGGGUCCAUCCAGCUUUCCCACAACUUUGGGCACUCAGUACCUUUCCAGCCAAGUUUCCUUUUGAUGAGGCUGGGACUGAGGAACACACCUGGGGGUUUGUUUUGUUUCUGAUUAUGUUUUCCUGGAAUUGGGAGACAAGAAUCAAGUUUGGAAGGGGGAAGAGAGCGGGGGAGGGAACCCUUGGAUUCAAUGAAAGCAGGUGUGCAUUACACCUCUGUAAUGAAAUUUUAUUUUUCCUGUUCUUGACCACAGCUCCAUUGUUCUUGGAUUUGUCUGAACCAGGAUUUACAUCCACCUGCCAUUUAAGAUCUUUGUGUUUUUUUUUGCUGAAAAUGGACCACGUUUAAUUUAUCCUUCAGAAAGACUUUAAACUCUGUGUCUUGCAGGCAGUUCUUCAGUAUUUAAUAUGAAAAUGCCACCCUUAGAGAAUUGCUGCUUUCCUCCCUCUCUCUCUCUUUUUUUUUAAAGUGUGUUUGGAACCUUUCUGUCAUUUUUUUUUUGUCCUUGUUUUUAAUCCUCUGAAUCAUGUCUGAGCUCAGCACACUCGCUGCACAUGGGCCCAAAAGCACCUUUCUGUCCGGGAAACAGAAGGUUGUCUGGCUUAGACAGUGCGGGGGGAAAGGCUAGGGGGAGAGGGAGGAAUGGCAGAGUUCUGUCUUGGAAAAGAAGAACGAAGCAAGGAAUACCCUGUGGCCACUUCAUUGCUGUAACGGUGUACCAGGUACACUGGAUCUCAAACUUAACGUCUUUUGUUUGCUAUCAAAAGUUGAAUAAAAGUCUUUAUAAAGAA